AUCCGUUGCGACGAAGACGACAUGGAAGAGGAAAGCACCACCAGCACCCGGCCGCCGCAUUGUCGUGACCGCUUAGAUUGGUCGGGCUUCCUGCCGGAGCUGCUCCGGCUUAUAUGCCGGCGGCUCCCGCUGGCCGACGUCCCCCGGUUCGCGUCGGUAUGCAAGCACUGGAGCUCAUGCGCUUUCCCGGUCUAUCCGGCCGACGCUGCCCCGGUCCUGCUCCACACCCUCGUCACCGGUGCCGGCUCGGUCCGCUUCUACCACCCCUACGUGCACAAGAUGUUCGUCCUCUCCACUCCUCGUCAGACACAAGGCAGCAGAGUGUUCUCCGCCGACGGCAAUGGAUGCCUGAUGCUCCGCACGCCGAGGAAUUCCGUCAUGUUUAUUAAUCUCCUCGACGACGAUGCCGGCCCUGCCGUGCUCGAGACGCCGCCAAGAGAGAACGACGAAGGGUUCAUGUGCUGCGCGCCACACCGUGAUGGUGAUCGCCCCUACGACCGCAGUAUCUUCGCCGUAUACCCGCACAUGGGCAGAGUAAGGAUCCAGAUCUGGGAUCGGGGAAGCUGGAAGAGCUUUCCUAGUGUUGGAGGUUUCUUUACGAUGUCCUUCUCCUGCAACCCGGUGAUGCACAAGGGGAAGCUCUAUUGCUUGGGGGAAGAUGGGGAUCUUGGAGUGUAUGACCCAAUCAAAACCGAGUGGACAGUGCUCCCGAAACCCACCGGCUUUGGCCCCGGCAUUCCGUACAUGAACUGUUACCUCGUCGAGUCGCAGGGGGAGCUGCUCGCCGCUCUGACGGGCAGCAGCAACCAGACGCCCAUCCACGUCCUGAGACUCAACAAGAAGAAGAUGGAGUGGGAGAGGAUGGAGUCUUUGGGUGGACGGGCGCUCUUCACCGGAACGGCAUCGUCGAUGUUGAUGGCCAGGCCACCCCAAUCCAUGGCCAACAAGGUGUACCUCCCUAGGUUCUACGGCCGUCGUCCUCAGGUCAUCCAGGCGGAGCUCGCGACCUCCGCCGGCCGCCUCUUCUUUGUUCCCAAGGAGGAAACGCUGCUCAACGAGGAUGCCGGUAGCGGCACCGGCGGCUCUUGGUGCUACGAACUAGAAUCGAACUCCUCUAAUGAACAGUUCACACGGGGUUCCUCCAAGAACCUGCCACAGUACAUGUGGGUUCAUCUUGGCAAUUCUGCCUCUCCCACGUCGGAGUCGGAUGAUGGAAUGGUUAUAGGCUAGCUAGAGGAGGAUUCAUCCAUCAAAUAAGUUACUCAUGUCAUAUCCUCAUCUACUAACAGAGAUCAAGAUUGUAUUA